AUGAAAGAAUCGAAAGCUAACGUACGUUUUCUCCCUUCUUCUGAACACCCGACGGUAAACAACCGACAACGUAUCAAACGACCAAUCUCACCACCACCUCUCGGACAUACAAAACCACUCAACCAUUCACUCAUACUACACCUACACCACAAUCCUGUGAACGAUAUGAACAAAUUUGAUCAUACCAAAUAUUGGAAUGAUUAUUAUUCAUCACCUGAUAUUGGGGAUGAUGAUAAAUUACCUAAACCACCGUCGAAAAUUAAAUUAUAUUCGACGAAAUGGAAAUUGGAAAAUCCAAAUCCAAGUUCUAAACCACCUUCUUCCCAUGGUGAACAGGCAUUCUACGGUAAUCCUAUGAUGAUGGGAUAUGGAGGUGGUGGAAUGGGUAUGGGUAUGGGUAUGUAUCCAGGUAUGUCAGGUAUGGGUCCUAUGGGGAUGGGCAUGGGGUACGGGAUGGGUUCUGGAAUGGGCAUGAUGGGAUACGGUAUGCCAAGAUACGGAGGGUACAGUAUGUAUGGUGGAUACGGCGGAUAUGGGAUGGUAGACCCUUUAUUGGGACAAUAUGGUGCGCCUCCAGCUGCAAAUUUCGUCGACGAUUUCCCAGAUGCUCAUCGGAAUGAACAUGCUUAUCGACAAUCGGCUCCAGACGCUUACGGUAUGGGAAUCGGUAUGAUGGGCGGCGGAAUGGGAAUCAAUAACAUCCCAGGAAGUCAAGUCAUGCUAUACGGUAGAGGAAUGCCUUAUAACGGCUGGUACGCUUAA